AGUGGCAUAGCUCAAGGACAUUCAUGCAACCCACGUACCGCGAUCCCACCUUGAAAUACAGCAUCACCGCCAUCUUGCCCCUCCUCACGAUAUCUUUUAGUUUCUGCAGAUUCUCUCUGGGUAAUUUUUUGCUUUACCAGCUCAACCUCAUUCUGCAUUUCUAGACCCAUCCGUGCAACGCUAGAACACCGACACGAUGGCCUCCCUCGACGAUGACACGAUGCCCGAGGAGACGCAGGGCUACAAGCUUUCCCAGCCCAAGCAAAGCUUGGCUGAGUACCACAGCAUGGAUGCCAACGAUGAAUCUUUGCAACGAUACAAGGAGUCUCUGGGUUUGGGUGGCGGCAAGGACCUUUCCGACCCCAACGACCCUCGUGUCUGCAUCAUCCAGUCCUUAACGAUGGAGUCCCCUGGUCGCGACCCGGUCACCAUUGAUCUCUCCCAACCAGGUAGCGAGACCACGCUCAAGGACAAACCUUUCAAGAUUAAGGAAGGCUCCAAAUUCACCAUGGUCGCCACCUUCAAGGUUCAGCACGAAAUUCUCAGCGGUCUCCAGUACGUUCAGGUUGUGAAACGAAAGGGAAUCAAGGUCAGCAAAGACUCGGAAAUGCUGGGUAGCUAUGCUCCGAACACGGAUAAGUCGCCUCUGUACACAAAGCGCUUCCAGGAGGAGGACGCCCCAUCUGGGAUGCUCGCCCGUGGCCACUACAACGCUAUUUCUAGCUUUGUCGACGACGACAAGAAGAAUCACCUGCAAUUUGAGUGGUCCUUCGACAUUGCCAAGGACUGGAACUAAACGGAGCGAUAUCCGGUCGAUACAUGAGACAUGAUGGCUGGCUGGACUAUAUACACGAUUUCUGAUUAGACGCCGAGGCAAAUGCUGCAAUGAUCGGAAGGGGGGUGAAAGUGCGGGCGGCCUCUUCUAUCGAUCAGCAAUGUUGAUAUUUAAAGAAGCCAACGGGGGACUGGGGUGGCGACAUCCACGGAGAAACAGUCACUGAACAUAAAAAUUUGGGUUAAGAAAGUGUCAAUGUGACUGGCUAGGAUGGACGAGAUUUGGACCUCA